AUGGAUGUGAAGAGUGCAUUUCUAAAUGGGAAAUUGGAAGAAGAACAUGUUGAACAACCUCCAGGUUUUGAAAGCUCAAGAGGUAAUGUACACAAGAUUUUGUUUGUGAGAAAGUAUAAUGGUGAUAUAUUACUUGUACCAAUCUAUGUAGAUGAUAUCAUAUUUGGGUCUAGUAGUGAAAGACUUUACAAAAAGUUUUCUGAAUUAAUGUCCGAAAAGUAUGAAAUGAGCAUGAUGGGAGAACUAAACUAUUUUCUGGGUUUACAAGUUAAACAGGCUACAAAUGGAAUUUUAAUAAAGCAGGGGAAAUAUGUUAAAGAUCUCUUAAAGAAAUUUGGUUUUAAUGAUUUCUCACCUAUGAAAACUCCUAUGGAAACUGGUGACAAGCUGGGUGAAGAUAAAGAUGGCAAAUCUGUUGACACCACAACUUAUAGGGGUAUGAAAGGCUGUAAGAUUGACAGAUGA